UAGGGUGUUGCUGUGGGUUCCCUGGACAUUCCCCAGACGUUAUCCUUGGCUGGACCCUGGUGCUGUUGGGCUCAGCCACCCCUCCACUCUGCCCCCCUCCUGGCUGGUGCUCAGGCUCCACUCAGGCCCCCCCUGCCUCAACGCUGGCGAUGUCAAGAGUCCCGAGUCCCCCUCCCCCCGCGGACAUGUCCAGCGGCCCUGUGGCUGAGAGCUGGUGUUACACUCAGAUCAAAGUGGUGAAGUUCUCUUACAUGUGGACCAUCAACAACUUCAGCUUCUGUCGUGAGGAGAUGGGCGAGGUCAUCAAGAGCUCCACCUUUUCUUCGGGAGCCAAUGACAAGCUUAAAUGGUGUUUGCGUGUAAACCCUAAAGGCCUGGACGAGGAGAGUAAAGACUACCUGUCCCUCUACCUGCUCCUGGUCAGCUGUCCCAAGAGCGAGGUGCGUGCCAAGUUCAAGUUCUCCAUCCUCAAUGCCAAGGGAGAGGAGACUAAGGCUAUGGGUAAGUCACACUUGAUUUGAGUUGAUUUGGAUACC